GGAAAGAUGUGAUGGUGUUUUAAGCACUGUUGCAUUUAUUCUUCUCGCCGCCCCCGCACAUUUUCUUCUUUUUCACACUCACGUUUUAUCAAUAUCUGCUUAUUCCUGAUUACGGUGUCAAUCGAUGUAUAUAAUCAUCUUUUUCUCAAAUCAUCAAAAUCACCGCAACUGUGCUAAAUUCAUACCGCAGAUAUGCGAAACCUUUUCGUCAAACAUUAUGUCGAAUUACAUCAUAAUAACUCCCCUUUCUCUCUAUCUCUCGCAAUGUUCAUCUCCACCUGUUUUUACCAUUACACUCUUUUCUUCAAUUUCAUGUUUCAAUUGUCUAUCAUAACUUUUUUCUUAGUUCUUUCCUCACUUUCUUACAUGCGUUCUCUGAUCAUGUCUAUCAUCAAUACAUGCAUGCAAUUCGAUCGACUCUUCUACUGUUUCGCUACAAUAUAUAAAUGUAGAUGAUUUGUGUCUGAAGUCCAUGCUGGUAGGAGUUUGAGA